CUGCUGUGCAGCUGGAUCACUAUGUAUGCCUCUGCGGCAGCCUGUUGCAGUGAGGUCCGAGCCUGGAGUCACCGGCUCUCCUGCUGAGAGCAGACCCAGGGAAUGGUAUCAGCUGCUUUGACAGCAUUUGCAAAGUUGAAACAUACCCUGGUAGAAAGCCCAAGAAACAGGCAGACAGACCUUCCUGAUGUUUGCCGUGCAGACUGACAGAGCACUGCAGGAGGCUGCUGAGUUUAGUGGAGGAUGCAGACCAGAAGACUUGGCGUUGCAGUAGACCACUCUCCAGAAGAUGAGCAUUAGCAGUGACACCAAGAGCACUAGGGAGCCCCUGGAUUAAUGCUGGUGCUUUGGAAAACUCGAGUGGCACUGCUGCAGGGUUUGAACAUGGGCACGCAGCCUUACUCUGUGACCAAGGCAGAGAUCCCCGACCAUGUUCUUUACACAGUAGGAACAUGUGUGCUCAUUAUUGGCUCUGUUGGCAUCAUUGGAAACCUCCUAGUUCUCUACACAUUUUACAGCAACAAGAAGCUGAGGACACCCCAAAACUACUUUAUAAUGAAUUUGGCUGUGAGUGACUUCCUGAUGUCAGCUUCUCAGGCGCCCAUGUGCUUUGUCAACAGCUUGCACAGAAGGUGGAUACUUGGAGAUAUAGGGUGUGAAUUGUACGCUUUCUGUGGGGCACUCUUCGGAAUAACCUCAAUGAUGACUUUAUUAGCUAUUUCUGUUGACCGCUACCUUGUGAUCACUAAGCCCCUGCGAUCCAUACAGUGGACUUCAAAGAAACGCACCAUGCAGAUCAUUGCCAUCGUGUGGCUGUACUCACUGGGAUGGAGCGUGGCUCCACUCUUCGGGUGGAGUUCCUAUGUGCCUGAGGGCUUGAUGAUAUCCUGUACGUGGGACUAUGUAACCUACUCCCCUGCAAACAGAAGUUAUACCAUGAUUUUAUGUUGCUGCGUGUUUUUUAUUCCACUGAUAAUAAUAUUUCAUUGCUAUUUAUUUAUGUUCUUGGCCAUAAGACGUACUGGCAGAGAUGUUCAAAAGCUGGGGUCCUGCAGCCGGAAAUCCUACCUCUCUCAGUCCAUGAAGAAUGAAUGGAAACUGGCAAAAAUUGCUUUUGUGGUCAUCAUUGUGUUUGUCUUGUCCUGGUCACCAUAUGCUUGUGUCACUUUGAUUGCCUGGGCAGGUCGAGGCAACACCCUAACACCAUAUUCCAAAUCUGUGCCUGCAGUUAUUGCCAAAGCUUCUGCAAUCUACAACCCCAUCAUAUAUGCAAUAAUUCAUCCAAGAUACAGAAAAACCAUCCACAAUGCUGUUCCCUGCUUGAGGUUCCUGAUACGACUAUCAAAGAAUGACCUCUUGAGAGGCUCCAUAAAUGAGUCAUCGUUCAGGACCUCUCUCUCCAGCCAUCAGUCUCUUGCUGGCAGGACCAAGAGCACUUGUGUUCCACCAGUUUCCGCUAGAGAAGCUACCACUGGAUGCACAAUGAUGCAUGAGAGUAUCAACUGUGAUGAUUUCAUAAACUGUAAAAUCCCCAGAUUAUCCUUGCAAUACGAGACCUGGAGUGAUGUAGAGCUUGACCCUGUAGAGCCAGCUUACAAGAAACUGCAGCCUCGACGAAGUCAAUCUUUCUCAACAAAUCUGAGACAGGAGAAGAGAGACCUACUCCCAAAGACUUGGAGCUGCAAUGCAGCAACUGCAGAAAAGGUUUCAGUCUCCUCCAGCUGUCUGGAGAAGGUGCUUGUGCAGUCAGCCCUACACAGUCCCCCUGCAACACAUGUGACCAGCUCCCCAAAAGCAGCUUCUCUGCCUGUUGGUUUGAAUAGCAACAGUGUCAGCAAAGGAGGAGACUCCGACACUUCACAGAUGGCAACUCUAGAAAGUCAAGUUAACGGAAUCCUGGGCUCUAUUGUUAGCAAUACGGUCCCUUGCAUCAUCAUCAUUCCUACCUCAGAGACCAACCUAUUUCGGGAGGAACUUGAAGAGGAGGAGAAUGAAUUAUUCCACUUUCAUGACAAAAAGGGAAAUCUGCUGGACUUGGAAGGGCUUAGCUCAUCCACAGAGUUCCUUGAAGCUGUUGAGAAAUUUCUGUCAUAAGUUUGUCAAAAGAAAACUUUACAAUAAUUAUUUUCUUGGCAUCUUCCCCAUUUAAUUAUACCGAUAUCCAAGGCCCUGUAGGUUAGAUCAUCAGACUUUUUGUAUGUUUAUACAGUAGUCACUAGGCAGCCUUCAGAUUUAUCUUUGUCCAGACCAGCUCAGGCAUGGAAACAGGCUUUCUUUCAGAUUGUGCCACAGGAAAUGAGCAGUGGAAGAUCUGGCAGCAUGAUCGAGUGGCAACAGUCAAGUUGUCCGCCUGCUUUAUUGGACCCUGAAUUGUAACCACAGAUGGAGGUGCCAGCAGAAGAUAAAAUGACUGAGCAAGAGCAGGGGCAGCUGCUGAAUGUUUCUGCUACCUGCUCAUGAAACAUUUCUGUUUUGGUAGCUCUCCUCUGGAUGGUGAUGGGAAGCGCCACGAGACCGUGGCUUCCACCAGCCCCAGCAGUAACACAGAUGGCUAGAUAAUCUGAACUAUCUUUUAAUCAAAUUAUUUUCAGCAUUGGUUUUGUUUUCCUUUGUUUUUUAAAUAGGCAGCUUGCUAAAUGUAAAUAAACAAACUGAUGGUGUAACUGGGAAGUGACUGCCUGCUUUUAAAGUUUAGUGCUAGAAGUCUGGAUUUUACCUUAGCAUUAGCAUGAUCACCUGAAUGUCAAAAUGCAUAGUGCCAUGUGCUAAAACAUACACUACUACCUGUAGAAGCAUUUAGAGCACCUUCAGCCUUGAUUAAAUAUGUAUGGAUCCUAAUGAGUCUGUGAUUAAAAGGGUGAAUGUUCACAGCUGGCUUGACAAGUCAUUGAUAAAAUUAAAGCCUUGGCUGCUACACCUCACUUGUCUUUUCAGAGGAGAUUCUUCUCCUCUCCUCCUCUAAAAGGACCCAGUGGAUGUCUUCUCCUACAGGGCACUUACAGGAGGUCUUCAGAGUGGGUAAAACACCAUCUCGGGGAGAAAACUCCACAAUACUGUGGUGUUUGCUACAGGAUCUGCAGACACAUCUGUGGUUACUGAUUGUGCUUAUUUUAUCUGUGCUUCACGUUAUGGCUCAGGCUCACAAGACCCUCCUAGCCUUUUAUUCCUAACUGCAUUCUUCCUUUCAUUAUUCAUUUUCCCUUUUUAUAAUAUGUUCUCCACAUCCUCCCUUUCAGUCUCUGACUUUAAAAUGUAGACAAGUUGAACUAUGUGGUUCUCCACAUAGCAUCAGUAUAUCUUAGUUGAAAGCAGGCGUUUCUCUGGAUAUAACAGUGCAAAUAUUUGGUCCAGUGAGUCUGGUAGCGUUCAGACAUCCAACAAGAGAGUGGAAGUUUAUGUUCAUAGUUUAUUCCCUUGACUGUACCCUAGAUUGUGCAGUGAUCACUGAGAGCAUUUCCAAGUUUUGUGCAUGCACUGGCUGGUUUUGAGGAGUAAUUUCUCUCUUCCUGAUGGAAAAAGCAGAUGGAAAGCAUCGAAGUAUUUUUUAAAAUUAUUUCUUUAUUACAAAGGAAGAUAACACAAAUCUUGUUUGCAACUAGCUAGACAGGAACACCACUGAAGAACAAACUAAAACCCAAAGCAGCACAGGAGAGACAGGAAUGUUUCCAAACUUGCAGAUCUGAGGCUUUGCAGGGCGUCAGCAUAGCAGACCUUAGGACUGAAACACUUUUGGUGUAGGCUGUGCUCUUUUUAGGAAAAAAAAAACCCACUGGUGGGUUGCAGAGGUGACUGCUGAGACAGGCUGCUUUGUGCAAUGCUGACACUCGUAAUGCUGCUAUUAUUUGAGGUACUCUGCUGUCUAGACACCCUCAUAAAAAAUGAGGCCAACAUACCUCCUUACCUCAUAGAGAAAAGGGAAGAGGGUGGUGGAGCCACAUCAAGUGUGGGUUGUCUGUGUGCAGCCCUGGUGUGUGGUGCCGGCGGCCAGGGCUCAGCUGGGGCAGCACCACGCUGCAGGACCCACAGGCCGGGCUGCUGAAGGCUGUGCCCACCACCUGCUGGGUUUUCUGCCAGGGCCAGGAAUCAUGCCAAGGUCGUCUACAGCUCGCUCAGCAUUUCCAAAGGCAGUUCCUCCAUUUGAGGACCGGUGCAGUGAGCAGGCAGUGUGGGGCAGCUGCUGCGGACUGGGACAGGGCCGUGCUUGCCUGCAGCCCCUCAGUGCCAGGCUUUCGUCCAGUGCACGGUUUUAGCCACAAUGAACAAUCAAAUGUUAAUUAAAGACAACAUUCAUGGAAAAUAUGGGAUGCUUAAUCCUAGGCUAAACACAUUGCCCUGCCAUCUCUGAUUCUUUCAAUUUUAUUGCUGAACCUGUCCUCUCUGAUUUGUUUUUUUUUUUUCCUAUGUCAACUAACCCUGCCUCUUCUUGCAUUUAAUAUGCUCAGCUGCUGUAUCUCCUUUCUUCUCAAGACAGAUGUUGGGAAGCAAGUGUUCUUAUAAGGCUUCCAAGCCUUAUACCUGAUUUGUACUGUUGUAAUUACUCUAAAUAACAAUAAUAAAAUGUAUUUGGUGUUCCAAGAUAGAAAAACAUGCCCUGGAGGAGAUUUUGCACAUAGAUGUUGAUGGUAAGACUAUAGGAAGGAUAUUGCUGCAGUUUCUGACAGAAUGAAGAAAGUAAGACCUAAGGUAACAGUCAACAAACUCCUCUGUAUCCAGAUAAAGUUUUGCAUUCUCCUUGUUAGCCUACAAGAUGCUUUCCAGUGAUCUCUUGCAUAUGUGCUGAUACGUAUAUAGUGUCCCAGAAAGCUAGUGGGUUUGCGGUAUGUGCAAAUAAGUGUUUCACUUUUAUACUGUUAAUGCUAUACAGUAUUAGUACCACUGCUUCUGAAGCUAAUGUCAGGAUUACUGUUUACUUCAACUGAUGUGGGCUACAAUACCAAAUGAGAUAGCAGUAGAGAGAUAAAAUGUGAAGUUGUAUGAUAUAUCAGAUAGACAUUACUUUCAUUGUGAGAUUUUUGCAGAAACAGCUGUCACAGAGUGAGUCUUAAAUUUACUACCACAAUGCAAAAGAAUUUUGCAAACUUUUCUGUUACCACAUUAGAACAAAUAGUACAUAAAAAUGUACAAUAUUAACUAUUGCUUCCCAUUUCAAGACGAAUGUAUUAGUUCACUCAAAUGGAAUAAAAUAUUUUUAGGACUUACACUAAA